CACGUGGUUUCUGACGGCUUCUUGUACGAUUAUUUGGAUCCGCCAUUAUUCUGGGAAAUGAUAAUUAUGGAUCUUGUGCUCGUCCGGCAAAGCUUUUACUACGUGUUCAAUUUGGUUAUACCGAGCACAAUUAUCAGUCUGGUAGCUGUGAUCGGAUUCCACACACCGAGUACCAGUGGUCGAAUGAGGGAUGCGAAAUUCAGACUUGGCAUAAUGACACUGAUGAGCAUGAGUGUCAUACUGCUUGCUAUCGUCGAGGAUAUGCCGAAAUUCAGCAUGUCCAGUGCUCGAAAGGGACGUGGCUCGUUCUCCGGCAUACCACUGAUUGAGGUUCUCUUUUCUCUCAAAAAAGUUUCAGGCCUGUACUAUUUCAUACUACUAGCAAUAAUUGGCUCAUCAACAGUUACAACAUCGAUGUUUGUUUUCCUGGAGAAAGAUCUCAGGCGUAAGAACCAGAUCCCGUGGUACUUGCACUGGUUGUCGUUUGACAUAAAUUCUGGAUUCCUUCGGUAA